CAGUCGUUUUCUUUCGUGUUUUUUGUUCAUCCCCCACUGCAAAAUUUUUAUCGUUUUUUCUUUAUUGAUUUUAGUUUCCAAAUAAGCCACCACCCUGUUUCCUCAAUGGCUUCCCACUUUCCGUUUCUGUUAACUGUAUCUCUCCCUAUAUCUAUAUGUACAUGAUCACUACGUCUAAGUAACCGCACCAUCCUUUCUUACCAGUCAAGAAUUGUUUUUUUCUUUUUCCAAAUAGAUCCAUUUUGAUAGACUUAGACUCAGUCCAGUUCAAUCCCAAUCGCAUCAGAUUCCCUGUUUUUUUUCUUGUUUACUAGUGAAUUAAAACGCACCAGCGGAGUUAUGGGAUUCAGUUUUUGCUGUUUCCUAAUGGGGUGAUUUCGGUUUAUAUUGUAACGUUUGUCAAAGGGCUUGUGUUGUUUUUUAGUCCUCUGUAGGUUGAAGGUUGAAGAAGAUGGGAAGCGUAUUGGAGGCAUCGAUAUUACAUCAUGUGGCCAUUGUGUUUAUUGUGCUGUGGUUGCUUAAUUCUUUCAAUUACUGCAACCCAGUUGCCUAUGUUCUCUCUUUCACGUACCUUUUUCUUGUUCACGAGAGGUAUGUGAUCAAAUUGAGGAAGAAUUUGCAGUUUGAGGAGCAAAGGAACUCCAAUCAAAGGAGGGUAAGAAUUGGGAGCGCAUGAUUGUAACUAUGUUUGUGUUGGUGUUCCUUAAUGAAAAGUGUGAAACUCUUAAUGAUCUCCUUUUAACUGAUUUGAAAAGAAGGAAUUAGUUUAAAGUGUGGUAAAUUUGCUGUUUGGUUACACUUUUUCGCUUCACAAUGGAAAAGUAAAAGCCUUUACCCUCAAUUUGGUUUGGGGGUAGUUUGAACUUGCUUAAAGUAAAUGCUUAAGAAACAAGGGACUGUUGGGGUUUCCUCUGACUAAUGAUGCUGCAUAUGGAUGCUCAAUUUGGCUUUUUUCAGAUUCUUACUGAUUCGGAAUCAGUGCGUUGGUUGAAUUAUGCUGUUGAAAAGAUGUGGCCUGUUUGUAUGGAGCAGAUUGUUUCACAGAAAAUUCUACUCCCUAUUGUGCCUUGGUUCUUGCAGAAAUAUAAACCCUGGACAGUGGUAUGCAAUUGAACACCUCAGAUUUUGAAUGAUAUCUAUUCUAGUAUUCUUGCACUACAGUUUGAUGAUAUGUUGAUGCAGAGUUUUCUAAUCUGUUGUUUGGUAGUUAACUGGCUUAAUAAUGCAUUUAAAGUUGGAUAGUUCUAUCCUGAAUUUAUUAUCUUAAUUAAUUUAAAAAUGUCCAGAAAGAAGCCUUGGUUCAGCAUUUGUAUCUGGGAAGAAGUCCACCCAUGUUUACAGAAAUGAGGGUUCUCCGCCAAUCUAAUAAUGAUGAUCACUUGGUAUUGGAGUUGGGAAUGAACUUUCGAACUGCUGAUGACAUGAGUGCAAUACUUGCAGUUAAGCUAAAGAAAAGGUUAGGUUUGGGAAUGUGGGCAAAACUGCACCUGUUAGGCAUGCAUAUUGAAGGAAAGGUAGGUUACCGGCUUUCAAGUGUGCCGCUUGUAGUGGCAGUCUCUCAUCUCCAGUUUGUCAUGCCAUUUUAUUAAUUGAUAUAGCCAGCUGGAAAAAAAAAUAUUACCAAUAAGAAUUCUGUUCUUUUCCAAUUUAGAAGUUUUAAUUUUUGAAUGCUGUUAUAGAAAGAAUUGCUUUCACAUCCACCAUCUCGAGAUUGCUGAAAAGAGGAGUUAUUAUUCUAUUUGAAUCCCUUGAAAAGAAGUUUUGUUGAUGAUUUACACCUUUCUUUUCCCUUAGGCCUUGAUUGGGGUGAAAUUUGUGCGAAACUGGCCUUUUCUUGGUCGUGUUAGGCUAUGCUUCUCGGAGCCUCCAUAUUUUCAGAUGACAGUGAAGCCGAUAUUUACUCACGGUCUUGAUGUUACUGAACUUCCAGGAAUCGCUGGAUGGAUAGAUAAACUACUGUCUAUUGCCUUUGAGCAGACUCUUGUUGAGCCAAACAUGUUGGUAGUUGAUGUUGAGAAGUUUGCCUCACCACAAUCAGAAGCAUGGUUCUCUAUCGAUGAGAAGGAGCCUGUAGCUCACGCAAUUGUGGAAGUGAUUGAAGGAGCUGAAAUGAAUCCUUCUGAUUUGAAUGGGUUGGCUGAUCCUUAUGUCAAGGGCCAGGUUGGUGCAUACAGAUUCAGGACUAAAACACAGAAAAGGACUCUAGCCCCAAAAUGGCAGGAGGAAUUUAAAAUUCCCAUCUGCACUUGGGAGUCACCAAAUGUUCUUACAAUUGAAGUCCGUGAUAAAGAUCAUUUUGUCGACGAUAAGAUGGGGGAAUGUUCUGUAAACCUGAAUGAGUUUAGGGAUGGCCAGCGGCAUGACAUGUGGCUGACUCUUCAAAAUAUUAAACUAGGGAGGCUGCAUCUUGCAAUUACUGUGAUUGAGGGCAGUGGAAAGGUUACUGAAGGAUCGUUUGAAGUAGAAAAUAUGAAUGAUUACAAGAAAGUUUCUUUUGCUACAGAAACUAAUAACAAAGAUUCUUUCUCGUCUGUUACAUCCGAGUUGUCUCCCAAGGUGGCAGAUGUAUUUGAGCCCAUCAAUGUGGAGGGGCAGAAAGAAACCGGGGUAUGGGUUCAUCAUCCAGGUAGUGAAGUUGCUCAAAUAUGGGAACCAAAGAAGGGAAAGAGUAGGCGCAUUGACACUGAAAUUCAAGCUGAGGGUGUAGGCUCCGGUGGUAGCUUUAAAUCAACGCCAUCUGGUAAGCAUGACAGCAGCAGUGCAGAAGAAAAUGGUGAUGCUGAAAAAUUAGUGUCACCUAAUCGUGUGCAUAAGGGCUUCCAAAAGCUUGGUUCUUUGUUCCAUCGGAGACAGAAAAAUGGUGAGAAGUCAGUGAGCUUUGAUGAUUCACUUCCAUCUCCACAUAUAAAUCUUAAACCCAUUAAUUCAAGAGAAAUUGGUGUUAAGUUUAUCGUAGAUGAUACUGUAACUGCUGCAUCCUUGGAAAAGAACCCAAAGGUAGAUGGAAAAGAAGGUUCUGAAACUGGGUCUGAAAGUCCAACCAGAGGGAAAGUCAAAGACAUGGCAAAAAACAUUUUGAAGCAAUCUGCUCGUGGCAUAAAGCAUGCACUCUCCAGGAAAGGAUCGAAUAGAUAUUCUACAUCAGUGUCACAAGAUGCAGGGCGGGAUGUCUCUGUUGAUUCUGAUUCAUCCAUGGAGGAAUCUCUUGCAUCAGUGCCUGUUGAACCUGCCUCAGUGCCUGUUACACCAACAUCAGUGCCUGUUGAUCCAAUUUCGGUGUCAUUUAGCUCCAUCGCAGACAGUGGUAAAAGAAUUUCUAAUGCCAGUGAGAACAGCAUCCCAUCUUCAAAUGAUGCUUCAAUAGAGAUUGAAAAACCAGAAAAUGUGGUGAUCCCGGAACCUGAAGUUAGUAAUCUCAAGUCUGCCCAUUCUGAGAGAAGCAAAGCUGUUGAAAAGCCUAGUGAAAAACCCGCUGAUGCAGAUGUGAAGGUAGAACAGUAG